AAUAAAUACUUUCCGUGUUUAAUAUAUUUAAAUGUUCUUUGUUUCUUUACGUAAGGAAUGUAAGCGAGUGGCCGAUCUCACUGUAAAGGAACAAUUGUCUAACGAAUUGCUGAUAUUACUUCGACAAAUGUAUCACGUGGAAAGAGAUAUGCUGUUCAUUGGGUUGAUCGACGUGAUAAACUCGGUGGAGCAAAAUCUAGCAGAUUUCAUUGUACUUGCCGAGAAUGCCACGCACUUAUUGGCGCCAUUGGAUUUCUUCGCACGAUUGACAAAGUUAGCCGAAGCGAAAAAUGUUCCCUAUGUUUAUACAUGUAAAAAGAAGCAACUCGGUUGGGCAUGUCAUUUAUCUGUCGGUAUAAGCGCUAUUUCAAUCAAGAUUGGACACUCCUACUUCUCAGAAAAGAUUAAUGCCACUAAAAGCAUGAUAAUAAGUGCAGCUUUAAGCUCGACCAUAACUUUAUAAUCUAUUAGUUUAAUAUAUUAGUGGUCCCAUUAUAAUUGAAAAUUGAAUAUUAACAUAUAACAUAUUAUGCUUAUCGAAAA